UAGGAAACUCUCAGAUUUGUCUUUGUAUCUCUUAACAAGAUUUGACAUUAUACAUAUCUUGUUAUAGCCACUUAGGAACAAUGACAGAUCUUGUAGCAGUUUGGGAAGUUGCCUUAAGUGAUGGUAUUCACAAGAUUGAAUUUGAACAUGGGACCACUUCAGGAAAACGUGUUGUGUAUGUAGAUGGAAAGGAAGAGAUAAGAAGAGAAUGGAUGUUCAAACUGGUGGGCAAAGAAACAUUUAGUGUUGGAGUUGCAAAAACAAAAGCUACCAUAAACAUAGAUGCAGUCAGUGGUUUUGCUUAUGAAUAUACUCUGGAAAUUGAUGGGAAAAGUCUCAAGAAAUAUAUGGAGAACAGAUCAAAAACAACAAAUACUUGGGUUUUACAUUUGGAUGGUGUGGAUUUUAGAAUUGUGUUGGAGAAAGAUACCAUGGAUGUUUGGUGCAAUGGUAAAAAAUUGGAGACAGCAGGUGAGUUUGUAGAUGAUGGAACUGAAACUCACUUCAGUAUUGAUAAUCAUGAAUGUUAUAUAAAGGCUGUCAGUAGUGGAAAGCGAAAAGAAGGGAUUAUUCAUACUCUAAUAGUGGAUGAUAAAGAAAUUGCAGAGACUUUGGAGUGACUGCUUGUUUAUGAAUUUGAUACUUGUAAAGUAAAAAAAAAAAUCAGGGAUUUAAAAUUACUGUGGUAAUUUAAUGUGUAUUUCCCCAUACAUUUAGUCUGUGCUAUUCUUAUUUUCUAGUUAUGUGGAAUUAAUAUUCUGUUUGAGGCACAGAGGAAAAAUUGAUUAUGUAAGCCUUAGAUAAUGCAAAUUAUUUUGUGAAUAAUGUAAAAUGUUAUAUAACACUGAGUAAAAGAAAAGAUGUAGACUAAAAUAGAAAUGUUUUAAAGAGGGAAACUUUUGAUAUAAUAAACUGUAAUAAAAUUGGUGCUGAUUAUUUUUUUUUUUAAAGAAACUGAUAAAUUUGUCUUUUUCAGCUCUUGAAGAUAGGUUCCAUUUAUUUGGGUUUAAAACAGUUGG